CCCCUUCUUUGCAGGCAUGGCUGGCGGACAGUCAUUGCAAGCCGGAACCUGCAGCGAGUGUCGGGGGGGAGUCAGCGAGCCUCGAAAAAGCUGGUGGCAGCCACAGGCCAGCAGUGCCUGCCUCUGUCUGUAGAUGUCAGGCAGCCCCAAACCAUUGUGGCAGCAGUGGAUGAGGCACUGAAAGAGUUCAAGCGGAUUGACAUCCUCGUUAAUGGUGCUGCAGGAAACUUUCUGUGCCCAGCCAGUGCCCUGUCCUUCAACGCCUUCAAGACAGUGAUAGAUAUCGACACCAUUGGCACCUUCAACACCUCCAAAGUCCUUUUUGAGAAAUAUUUCCGGGACCACGGUGGGGUCAUCGUUAACAUCACGGCAACCCUGAGCUACCGAGGGCAGGCCCUCCAGGUGCAUGCUGGUACUGCUAAGGCUGCCAUAGAUGCCAUGACACGUCACCUUGCUGUGGAGUGGGGACCCAACAACAUCCGAGUGAACAGCUUGGCACCGGGCCCCAUUACAGGCACCGAGGGCUACCGGCGGCUGGGUGGGAGAUUUGCUGAGGAAGCAAGCCAGUUUGACAUGAUCCCCCUCCAGCGCGCAGGGAACAAGACGGAGAUAGCCCACAGCACGCUGUACCUGGCGAGCCCCCUCUCCUCCUACGUGACGGGCACCACCCUGGUCGUGGAUGGUGGGAGCUGGCUGACCUCUGCCAACAACUUCCCCGCCUUGCUGGGUAUUGCUUCAUCCUCUGCUAAACUCUAG